AAAAAAGAAAAAAGAAAAAGAAAAAGGUCAGCUGUUGCUACAUUACUUGUACUGUACCAAUAUCCAAUGCCGGCUCAUAACUUCCCUCGCUUUGCCCCCCAAGACCCCAAAAAGCUCUCUCUCUCCUCACUCACUAUCUUUCUUUACCUUUUUCAGUUUUUUCACUCUCUCCCUCUCGCUUUCUCCCUCUCUCAAAUUGACUCACCUCUCCUCUUUAGGCUCUUACCAAUUUUCCCAAUUACAAGGCAUUUGAGAACUGUAUAGAAACAAGUUUCAGAGAAUAUUUAUAUAUAUAUAGAGAGAGUAUAAACAGUCUACGGAAACAAUUGCCGGAAAAUGCUGAUGAAUCCGGCUCAUUUCCGGCGACUGUGAGAGAAACAACUGCAAAAACCCAGAAAAAUGCCAGAACCAAUUGCUUCAUUUGACGAAGAAAGCAUCGCCAAGAAGAAGAAAUCGGAAGAACAGAGAGAGAAAGCUGUAGAGACAGAGAUCAAACAGGUGGUGGUUUCACCGGUUGCACCCAUCGGCCGUGGCCACCGUUACCAAGCAACUACCCGCAGAGUGACACCCACCAUAUCCACCACAUCUGACGCCAGGACCGCCGACGAGAAGCUCCUUCCGAACGGGGAUCUUUACACCGGAGGGUUCUCGGGAAACGUGCCUCACGGAUCGGGUAAGUAUCUAUGGACCGAUGGGUGUAUGUACGAGGGGGAGUGGAAGAGAGGGAAGGCCUCCGGGAAAGGGAAGUUCUCAUGGCCGUCGGGGGCGACGUACGAGGGCGAGUUCAAGUCGGGUCGGAUGGAGGGGUUCGGGACAUUCAUCGGCUCCGACGGGGACACCUACCGUGGGUACUGGUCAGCGGAUCGGAAGCACGGGUACGGCCAGAAGUGGUACGCCAACGGCGACUACUACGACGGCUCGUGGCGGCGAAACCUCCAGGAUGGCCAAGGCCGGUACGUGUGGAAGAACGGGAAUGAGUAUGUGGGUGAGUGGCGGAAUGGGGUGAUCAACGGCAAAGGAUUGCUGAUUUGGGCAAACGGAAAUCGAUACGAUGGGAAUUGGGAAAAUGGUGUGCCCAAAGGUCAGUGUUUGUUAACAUGGCCUGUGAGUAGUUGCUACGUAGGCAGUUGGAGCAAAGAGAAUCAAGAAAUGACCCAACAACAGGUUCUCAAUGGGAGGUUUUCUAGCGGAGGCAACAUUGGGAACGAAAAUGACCAAUGUGCCACUUUUAGUCACAAGAUUUCGUCUUCGUUGAUGGAUGAGGAUUGUGGGUUGGUGGCACCGGCGGCGAAGAAGAGGUCGUCGGUGGAUGGGUCGCGGCAGAGCUUGGCGGAGAGGGCUUUUCCUCGAAUUUGUAUAUGGGAAUCAGAUGGUGAAGCUGGGGAUAUUACUUGCGAUAUAAUCGAUAAUGUGGAGGCCUCAAUGUUGUACAGGGAUGGUGCGAGGUUGGAUCGAGAUGGGUUUAAGCACUUUUCUAGCAGUCCAUGUUUUACCGACGAGGUGAAGAAACCUGGUCAGACGAUAUCAAAAGGGCAUAAAAAUUACGAUUUGAUGCUGAAUCUCCAACUGGGUAUUAGGUAUACAGUUGGGAAGCAUGCCUCGAUUUUGCGGGAGCUUAUGCCUAGUGAUUUUGAUCCGAGGGAGAAGUUCUGGACUAGGUUUCCGUCGGAGGGAUCAAAGAUUACUCCGCCCCAUCAAUCGGUGGAGUUCCGGUGGAAAGAUUAUUGUCCUGUGGUGUUUAGACAGUUGAGGGAGCUAUUUCAAGUAGAUCCUGCUGAUUACAUGCUAGCUGUGUGUGGAAAUGAUGCUCUUAGGGAGCUUUCUUCUCCUGGGAAGAGUGGAAGCUUCUUUUACCUCACUCAGGAUGAUAGAUUUAUGAUAAAAACAGUGAAGAAAUCAGAAGUCAAGGUGCUGAUUAAGAUGCUUCCAAAUUACUACCAACAUGUUUGUCGGUAUGAGAAUUCACUCGUUACCAAAUUCUUUGGUGUCCAUUGUGUCAAACCGGUGGGUGGCCUUAAGACACGAUUCAUUGUAAUGGGCAACUUAUUCUGCUCGGAAUAUCGAAUCCAUAGACGAUUUGACCUUAAAGGAUCAUCCCACGGCCGCACGACAGAUAAGCCUGAGGAGGAGAUUGACGAAACCACUACCCUUAAGGACCUUGAUCUCAACUUCGUGUUUCGUCUCCAGCGCAACUGGUUCCAAGAACUUAUCAAACAAAUUGAUCGAGAUUGUGAAUUUUUGGAAGCAGAGAGAAUCAUGGAUUAUAGUCUUUUAGUUGGUCUUCACUUCCGUGAUGACAGUAGAGUUGACAAAUUGGGUUUGUCACCAUAUCUGUUGCGGACAGGCAAAGGGGGGUCUUAUCAAAAUGAGAAGUUUAUGCGUGGCUGUCGCUUCCUUGAGGCAGAGCUACAAAACAUGGAUCGGAUUCUAUCUGGCCGGAAACCGUUGAUCAGGUUGGGUGCCAACAUGCCAGCAAGGGCAGAGCAGGUGGUUCGAAGGAGCGAUUUCGAUCAGUACACCCUAGGCGGAUUUAAUAAUUUGAUCCCUUCCCGCAACAACGGUGAAGUACGCGAAGUGGUCCUCUACUUUGGGAUCAUUGACAUUUUGCAAGACUACGACAUCAGCAAGAAGCUAGAACAUGCAUACAAAUCCUUUCAAGUUAACUCAACCUCAAUCUCAGCGGUCGAUCCUAAGCUGUACUCAAAGAGGUUUCGUGAUUUCAUAGGAAGAAUCUUUGUAGAAGACAGAUAGCAGCGAAAAGAGCUGUUGGUUUACAAAAAUUCAUCUACCGAACCUGGAUUCCCACUCUUCAUGCCUGGAAUCAUUGAGCUCUAGGUGCUGACUUGAACAAUACUUUGUUAAAGUCAGAUGGAUGCAUUGCAAAUGCGCGGUGGUGGGUCAGAUUGGCGGUGGCGGGUUGUGGGUGUGCGCACUCAUGGCUGAAUUUUGUUGAUCAGCUGUUGUGUUGAAAGGGGUGGUAAGUUCUUUGUACAUUCUACGUGGGAGGGAAAAAUUGGAUUUUAUGUAAUUUUUUUUUUUUU